UUAGACAGGAUACAUGUGAACGGCACAGUUGAGUUUUCCCCUACACGUGAGAUUGUGACGGAAAGAAAGCAUGCAGUUUUUUACCUCUUUUCGUGGAGUCACCACCAGCAUACGAUGCUCUUCUGGUUGUCUCUCUAUAAAUCUCAGCUCUCGAGUAUCUCCAUCGUCCUCGCGUAGACAUGGCACUGACUGGAACUGCAGAUGACAGCAAAGGCAAGAACACCAAGUGCAAGCUACUCACAAAGGAUUCGAUGGAGAAGAUGGUAAGGCUUCCAGUUAAGCUGUGGCUGAGUGCACUGGAAGUGGGAAGAGAGGACCCAAGACGGCUUAUCCAUGCCCUCAAGGUGGGCGUCGCAUUGACACUCGUCUCCUUAUUGUACCUCUUGGAACCACUGUUCGAAGGAGUCGGACGGAAUGCGAUGUGGGCCGUGAUGACUGUGGUUGUGGUGCUCGAAUUCACUGCAGGUGCAACUCUGUGCAAGGGAGUAAACAGAGGAAUUGGGACACUGUGUGCGGCAUCUCUUGCAUUUGUGAUCGAGUUCAUGGCAGAAAAGUCAGGCAGAGCUUGUCGCGGCGUUUUCAUAGGAGUAUCUGUGUUUUUAGUCGGAUUCUUGGCGACGUACUUGAGAUUUGUCCCUUACAUAAAGAGGAACUACGAUUAUGGAGUGGUGAUCUUUCUGCUGACCUUCAACCUGAUAACGGUGUCGAGUUACCGCGUGCAGAACGUGUUGCGGUUGACUCGCGAUCGCCUAACCACCAUUGCCAUCGGCUGCGGCAUUUGCCUCUUUAUGAGCCUCCUCGUUCUACCCAAGUGGUCCGGUGAAGACCUGCACAAUUCCACAGUCUACAAGCUUGAAAUGUUAGCGAGAUCCAUUGAAGCUUGUGUGACCGAGUACUUCCGGGAUCAAACUCAAGAUGACGGCAAGUCAUCGAAGGACCAAAUAUACAAGGGAUGCAGAGCGGUGUUGGACUCCAAAUCCAGUGAUGAGUCUCUCGCACUCUUCGGAAGCUGGGAGCCGAGGCACUCCAGACACUGCUACAGCUUUCCAUGGCAACAGUACGUGAAGCUUGGUGCUGUUCUGAGACAUUUCGGGUACACAGCCGUAGCACUUCAUGGAUGUUUGGAAUCAGAAAUCCAGACUCCACUAUCUGUAAGAUUGCUCUUUCGAGACCCGUGCAGCCGCGUCGCUGGUGAGGUGUGCAAGGUGUUCGAUGAGCUCGCGCGGAGCAUAAGAAACCGCCGUCACUGCUCUCCCAAUGUGCUCUCCGACCACCUUCACGAGGCGCUGCAAGACCUGAAUUCCGCCAUCAGGUCCCAACCGCGUCUCUUCCUUGGCUCCAAGAAAGCCCGUCCCGCCGCAAAUGAGCGCGCGGAGGAUUGGAGACCCCAAAAAAACACAUCUGCCGGUGUAGCUCUGCCUUCGGCCAUGUCUGAUAUCACAUCACUGCAGGAAUGGAGGGGCAAAAGGGUAGAGUCAACUGAGAGGAAGGUCUUGAGGCCAACCCUGAGCAGAAUAGCAAUAACUAGCCUUGAAUUCUCGGAGGCACUGCCAUUUGCAGCGUUUGCCUCGUUGCUCGUGGAGAUGGUGGCCAGGUUGGAGCUUGUCAUUGAGGAGGUGGAAGAACUCGGCAGGGCAGCAAAUUUCAAGGAGUUCUCUCAGGCGGAUGAAAUCGCCAUCGAAAUGGGAUUUGAUGACAAGAAGCCAUGCGUGAAUGGCAAAGAUUUCCAGAGCCAUGUGGUACACCAAGCAGCAGAGUGAACGGAGACUGGCUUCCAUGUCAUGUUAAGUAUUUUUACUGCACUUGUCCGGGAACGAGAAUACAGCAGCUUCCAUA